AUCUCAUACGACUUCCUAGUGAUCGCAGUGGGCCUCCGUUUGCGCUUUGAUAUGGUGAUCAGCAUAGCAUUUGGACAGGUUAAAGACUUAGAAGAAGCUUUAAAAACGGAUGAUGUGUCAUCAAUAUAUUCUCCGAACUUAGCAGAGAAGACGUUCAACGAUCUUCAACGUAUUCAAUGCGGCAAGCUUGUAUUUACCUUUCCAAUUACUCCUAUAAAAUGCGCUGGUGCACCUCAGAAAAUAGUUUAUCUGGCCGAUGACUAUUUGCGGAAAGUAGGACGAAGAGAUCAAACCACUAUAACAUACAACACGGCGAUGAAUGUCAUGUUUUCGCACCCAAAGUAUUCUAAAGUCAUGGAAAAAGUAGCAAAAGCACGUGGUGUCCAUGUGAAUUUCCUGCACAAUCUUGUCGAAGUCGAUUACGUUCAGAAGCGAGCUAUAUUUGACGUGUUGAAUACUGAACAGAAGAAAAUAGGAACGAAAAUUUUGCCGUAUGACAUGCUUCACGUUUCUCCGCCCUGCACAGCACCGGAACCUCUGCGAAGCAAUAAACAACUGACUGCGCCGAACGGUUGGAUGAAUGUGGACGUACAGACUCUUCAACACAAAACGUAUCAGAACAUUUUCGGAAUUGGUGACUGCUGUAAUCUGCCGACAUCGAAGACUUUGGCUGCAAUCACUGACCAGAUCAGCAUCUACCACGGUUACACCGCUUGCCCUUUAAUAACGUCUUCGAAAACUGUGGUUAUGGCUGAAUUUGGGUAUAAUGAAGCACUGUUUGAAACAAUACCGUUUGACCAGGGAAAGGAACGCCGCUUCAUGUUUUUCUUGGUAAACCAGGUGUUUCCACGACUCUAUUGGUGUCUUUUCAUCAGGUCUUAA